AAGUAUGGAGGGUCUGGAGGAUGAACUGACAUGUCCCGUGUGUUUGGAGUUGUUCACCUGCCCGCUACAACUGCCCUGUCACCACAACCUCUGCCGCAGGUGUGCAGAAGUUCUACUUCAGUCUGAGACAAACCCAAGCCAAGACGACGAGGAAGGGGCCACCUGCUCAGCUGCAGCUGCAGCCAGUCCUGAGAACACACCUGACAGCUUCCCCUGUCCAACGUGCCGGGAGGGAGUCAGCUUGAAUGCCUCUGGUCUGGACGGACUGAGGAAGAAUUUUCUCCUUCAAAAUAUAGUGGACAGGUAUUUGAGGCUAAAGGGUGAUGGCAACACCAGACAUGAGAUCCCAUGCCAACUCUGCAGGGAAACCCCACCUAGGAUGGCUGCCAAAAGCUGCCUGGUUUGUAAGGUGUCAUACUGUGAGCAGUGCCUGACUCUUACACACCCAGACUUCCCACCAUUUUCUGAACACAAAUUGGUCAGUCCAACAGCGUCUUUUAAUGAUGAGGAACCUCAGACCGUGAUGUGCCCCGACCACCCCAGCAAACCAGUGGAGAUGUACUGUGUGCAGGACCAGACUCCAGUGUGUCUACUGUGUGAGAAGGUGGGCAAACACAAGCAGCACAGCAUGGCAGCCCUGGAGGAGGUGUUCUCGCAGAAACAGGCCGAGCUGCGGGCCUGGGUGGACCGCUUGGGCGCUAGGGUCACUCUGGAGGAAGCUAAGGUCCAGAAACUAGAAGGUAGACAAGGGCAGAUCAUGACCAGUGCACAAGAAUUAAGGACUGAAAUAGACAAACAAUGUGAAAGCCUUGUGGAAGUCAUUCAACAUCGUAAGGCUGAAUUGCACCGAAAGCUAGAGCAGACAAGACAACAGGACAGCAAGGACCUACAGAAAGUAAUCAAACCUGCAACUGAUGGUAUACAGAAGGCACAAGCAGCAUUGUCCUAUUCCUUAGAAGUCCUGAAGGAAACCGACCAUGCUAGCUUACUGCUCGCUCACCACUCAUUGAAAGCUAAGAUAGAAGGUACAAUCAAGAGUUUGGGCAGUGACAGUGAUGACAACUAUGAUGAUGAACUUGCCUAUGGCAUUGAUGAGUUAGAAAUUGACUUCACACAGCGGAAGGAAGAGUUAGAAGCGUUAGAAUUUGGAGCAAUCCCUGAUUCGCCUGUUAUUGCAGAUGAGGUGUGUUGUACUAGCUCAAUGGAGGAAGCUUAUAUUGAAUGGGAACCCGUUGAGGAAGCAUGUGAAUAUGAGGUUUGUUAUUCAGUUGGUGAUGUUCAGAUUGUUUCAACCCUAAAGGGUUGUUCAUACUCAGCCACAAACCUGACUCCGGGAACGAAGUACAAGUUUGAAGUCGCUUCCAAAAACAAGGCAGGUCGGUCUUGUCCGAGCUCAAUCGAGCUGGCGACAAUGCCAUUCAAAUUCCAACUCGAUCAGAACACAGCUUCCAGAUAUCUUUUAGUUUCAGAAGAAAACACCCAGGUUAGCAAGCUAGAAACACCAAUACCUCUCCCUAAAGCAUCGCUGACAUCAUCACGUUUUAAUCCAGUAGGGGAUGAUGAGCAACACACAGUUCUUGGAGACAAAUCAAUCAAAAGAGGUCGACAUUACUGGGAAGUUAGUGUGACAGGGGAAUACAGCAUCGGUGUGGCCUAUGAAAGCAUGCCCAGGGAUGAGGAUAUUAGUAAUACUGAGGAAUCAUGGGCAUUUGAUUAUCUGGCAGAUGGAUGCAUGUACCGUGUCAUGGCUGAUGGCCAGGUACUGUUUGAAAAACACAUCAAACGACCGCUGUCGAAGAUCGGUAUCCUCGUUGACUAUGAUAAAAGCGAACUUUGCUUUAUCAAUGCAAAGAAGAAAACCGUCAUUUUCCGCUACAAAAGAAAGGCUGGGUUUACCAAGCCACUCUAUCCAGCAUUCUCUCUGCAUUCGGGUUCCCAAAAGAUUCACAGUGGCAUCGAGUGUCCACAGUAAAAUUAUAUACUACUACAGUUGCCGUAAUU